CUCAGGUUGUAAACAAACUCUCAAGGAAUAGUUUGGCGUCUGUCUCGGAAGAUUUUCUUAUAACGCCCUUUUCUCCUUUAUAUACACCUCCAUGAACAGAUAGUGCAAGGGCAACGACAAUGGGUCUUUGCGGUGACAGUACAAGUCCCAUGAGAGAGGAGGAGCGGCGACCUACAGAUGUUAUUUGGCUUAUAUUUUUCUUCCUCUUCUUAGCCCUUCUGAUAUUCAUCGCGGCCUUUGCCUUGGUGUAUGGAGAUCCACUGAGAUUAGUGAAUGGAUAUGAUAGUUUUGGAAAUGUAUGUGGAAGCAGUAAUGCAGACAUGGCAGACCACAAUGAUAGCAGAAUGAGUUUAUCAGGUUACGAUACAUCAGAUCGCAGAUACGUUUUCUUCUUCGACGUCCAAGACCUGAGUGGAUCCACGAAGGUGUGUGUGAAAGAGUGCCCAGACCAGACCCUCCACACCUUCCAAGACAUACAGGACUUCUACUUGCGCACAGGCUCUCAGCUUUGCAGGUACGAUUACACAAAACAUGAAGAAGACAUUAAUAAGAUGCAGUCCAUCAAUGCCCGACAGGCCAACGAGAGCUUGCCAUCUCCAGAAUGCCCAAGCCUCCCAGUAUAUCACAGCAAUCCGGUGCUGAAUCGGUGUGUGCCAGUAGAAGGCGAAGGGCCGGCAGGUCUUGUGUACAAUCUCUAUGGAUACCUGAACUCUUUGGAUAUUCUGGAACAGGUGCUAGCAGAUCUCUAUGCAUCCUGGCAUCUGGUUCUUAUUUUCAUUUUCAUUACCCUGGGUAUCUCCUGUGUGGUGAUGCUGUUAUUGCAUUACAUGGCAGGACUCUUGUCAUAUGCCAUUAUGAUUGCAGUGAUGAUUGUUUCUACUGCAUUGACGGUUUUGUUGUGGUGGAGCUACAUCAGCGUCCAUCUGCAGCUGGAUAAUGCUCCACUUGAUCAGAUACUGGAAGAGACGGUGCGCAAUGAGAGAGCACUCUUGAUCUAUGCCAUCAUUGCAACAGUAAUGACUGUGGCCUUGCUGGCUCUGGUGCUGUAUGUACGACCACACAUAACAAUGGUGGCCGAACUAUUCAAGCACGCAGGGGCCUGUCUGACUCGCCACCCAGGGUUGCUCCUACAGCCUGUGAUCACAUUCUUCGUGCUCUUGGCCUUCUUCCUGUUCUGGGUGUGGGUCCUGAUGUCACUUGCCACAGCCAAGCACUUGAGAAGUUCAAGACUACAAACAACCUUGCAAGAAGUGAUCAACAAUAAUUCAGCCAUUCUAAGCGAGGGAGAGGACACCAACCUUACUUUUAUGCGUACACCCCAGCGUAUCCUCGAGUACGUUGACCCGUCAUGGGUGCGCUCCAUGUGGUGGGUUUGGGUCCUGGGACUAGUUUGGGUUGCGGAGUUCAUCCUUGCAUGUCAACAGAUGAUCAUUGCAUCGGCAGUUUCGACGUACUAUUUCUCAAGGCAAGAGGGCCGUGGCAAAGUUCGACACCCCAUCUGGUGGUCAUGGCGAACCCUUCUUCUCUACCACCUCGGCACAGUGGCUAAGGGCUCACUUCUCAUCACCCUUUGCAAGCUACCUCGCCUGAUAAUACAGUGGAUUACCAAAAAAUGCAAGGACCCAGAACAUAGCUGUGCAAGAUGUGGGCUAAGACUCUGCUGUUGCUGCCUCUGGUGCUUUGAACAUUUCCUCAAAUACAUGAACCACAAUGCAUACACUGUCACAGCAACAAGAGGCACUGCAUUCUGCGAGUCUGCCAAGAUCGCAUGGCGUGUGGUCCUGACAAACAUGCUCCAGGUGGCUACAGUGAACAGCAUAGGUGACUUGACAAUUUUCUUGGCCAAAAUCACAGUAACGGCACUGGUAUGCUGCAUUGCCCUCCCAGUACUACAUGCCAACCCCACUCUUCAUCUUUAUGCAGUACCACUAAUUGUUACAGCUGUCUUUGCAUUCUUCAUCACCCACUGUGUUUUCUCUGUUUAUGAGAUGGCUGUUGACACUCUGUUCUUGUGUUUCUCCGAUGACUACAACACUUACGACACCACCGACGGGCGUGAGUUGGUGGCCGACAAAGAGCUGUAUGAGUUCAUGGUGAAGCACGAAGACAUUGACAGAAAGAACUCAAGAAAGCCAAGGCGCCGCGACCCCCCCGAGACCAUUCGGUUCAAGGAAGGGGCCGUGUGAAGGCAGAGGAAGUUUCUGACAAUGCUUGCCGCUGCAGAAACUGAUUCCUUUUUACAUGCUCCGCCCCUCUCCGAGACGGAAUAUUUACUAUGACUUUGGUAACCAAUGAUGGUUUAUUGAUUUAAAGAUAAAUGCAAUAAAAAUUAUGAUCAACAGAUUGUUGCAUCUGACAGUAACACAUUUUUAUGUGUAACUCAUUGCAGUCAUGCUGUAGUAAGGAUUGACUCUGAUAAUCAUUGGCAGAUAUCAUAGUUUGAGAUGAAUGUAAUAGUAAAGGAACAAAAAAAUAGUACUCUUAUUUAAAUGAAAUGUUCAUAAUUAAGGAUAGGGUAAUGACUUCUAGAAAGUAUCUAGGGUGUGGUAAUAGAUAAGGAGAUGCAUUAUUUAACAGGCAACAGUAUUGACAGAAGUGGCUAACUACAAGAAGCUCAAUAUUUGAUAUCAGAACUCUUAUUUGUACUUUCAGGAAAAAUAUCAGUAAGCACAGGGAACUCAUUAAGGAGACUUUUAGGUUAUGUUAUAAUUUCUUACUAAUAGUUUUCCUAGCAAUCGUUCUACUAAUGAGAGGAGUCAUACAUACCAUCCAAAGUGUAUAUUUUACUUAGGGAACUUAGACCUGAUUCUGUUUUCUUUUCUUUCUUUUUUCUCCUAAUUCUUGAUCGUUUCACGUCAUCCUUGUGUUCUUUUUGAUGUGUUACUGGCUUCUUGUUUUUUUUUUUUUUUUUUCUUUCUCUUUCUCAUUCUCUUUUUCUUUUUCUCUCUUUUCCACCCAUACUAUCUGCCAUCAAUGUACUUAUUACUUUUGUGUAUAUAGGUUUUUCUUUCUUUUUAAGUGAUAAUCUGCUGUUAAUGAUACUGGAAUAUCAUCUGUGAUAUUUCAUGAUCAUUUUGAAAUUCCUCUUUAUAUUUUAAGUCUGUGAUUUUUUAAUAUGUGAUAAAACUAUUUUCAUCUAAAUGAAAUUUUCCUCUUCUCAACUAAUAUCUAUAUAUUUGUACUUUUUACAUUUGCGUGGACAUGUUUUAAGAAAAUUGGUGAUUUGGCAAUAGGAAAAGAUAGAAUUUAUUUUGAUAUAAGAAAUUCAAAUUUAGUUUCUUCUCUUGGUCAGAAUUCUUCAGAGAUUUGCAAGUGAUUUUGAUGGCAGUAGCAUAGAUAUUGAACAUUGCAGCUGGUAAUGUAACAUUAAACAAAUUAUUUUGUUAUGAACCCCACAUACUGAGUCACAACUCAUCAUCCACCAUACCUGAAGGAUAGUACAAGACAAAUCUGUACCAUUUGUUUUGUUUUGUUUUGUCUGUUUCAUUUUGUGAUGAAUUCUAUGCAAAUGCACGAUAUGUUUAUAUAUACAAAUUCACCUUCCCAGAUUUGGUAAUUGGUAAGCAAUUAGUGACCGCUAAAUGCUCUAUUGUGGUGAUCCACCAUUUGUCCAGCAUACAUUAUAAGUACCCUGUGCAAGUUUGUUAGUCUUAUCUCUCCAUUACAUUUGUAAUGGUGACUAGUGUCCUCAAUCAUUUAGGAUUUGACUUAUAUUUCAGAGAAAUUUUAGUCAAGUGAUGGAUAUGGAAGGCAGAGGCAUGACAAUAGCUUGUUAAUACUCAAAAGAGGUUAGUUGAAAUAUGAGAGAAGCUGUUUUUGAAGUGUUAUGAGUGAGUAGCCAGCUACUCACUAUAAUGGAGGAUUGCAAGAAAGGUUUGGGCAUUGGCAGUUUUUCUAAUUCAUGUUACUGGUACUUUUUUACACUUAGUUUUUUCUUCUUCUCAUUGCCCAAACAGUCAUUUUUAGCAUAUAAAUUGCUGUUUUGUUUUAUGUAAAAGAAUAUAAAUUAGGGAGUCCCAUAGAUGUAAGGCAGAACAAAAAAAAAUUGAUUUGGUCUCAAAUCAGUGUGAUGAACUUUUGCAGCUUGGAUAGCAUUUUUAUUUUUUUUAUUUUUUGUCAAUUGAAAAAUUCUGAUUGAUACAUCUGUCAUUAAUAAGUGAUUGAUUGAUACAUCAAAAAUUGUAAAUGUGUAGAUGGUCAACCAAAGGUUCAAUGAAUGGUGAACAUAUUUUAUGAAGGGAAAUUAAAUAUGUUAUAAAAGAAAAUGUUAAAGUACUGAUGACCUGUGAUUUUCACCAUAGGGAUUUUUCCUUCAAUAAUUGUGGAAAAUAAGUGCCUGAAUAAGGAAAAUUAUCAUGUACCAAUGGAAAAGACAACAAUAGAAAUAAAAGACAUUAUGCAAUUUUAAUGUACCAAAGGUUAUCAGUCUCCAUUAAGUAAUCUGUUUGUUAGCAGUUUUUCAUCCAGAAAUAUUUGAUAAGAUGUACAUAAUUGUUAUAGUAGGUUAAAAUUGUGCUUGGUUUACACCAGUUAUAUUCCAUCCCAAUAUUAGCAAAAUGUACUUAUAAAAUUUGUAAAGUUAUCGCACAAAAUACAGAAUGGAAUGCUAAAACUUCAAAUGGAAAAUUGAUGGUCCCUCUUUGGGGUUAAGUGAAGGAUUAUUUUCCAUUUUUCUUCUUUUUAAUGUUUGAUUCGAUUACAAAUUCUAUCCUGAUUUUUAGGGGGGGAAAUUUGUAUAUUUUAGUAUCUUUAUAACUUCAGUUUUGUGUAUCAUAUAUUUCUUUAGAUGUUAAUGGAAUGGGAUAACUGUAAAAAAAAAAAAAAAAAAAAAAAAAAAAAGUGAAAAUUAUAAAGCACAUCUUAGUGACUAUGAUAAAAAGCUAGGAUUUUGGCAAGGUAACUGUGUAUUCAUAAGAACUAGGGAUAUAAAUGACAUAGGACUUAUGUAAUGCAAAUGUUAGUAUGUCUUAUAAAUAUACAAUCAAAUACUGUUAAAAAAGGUUUAUCUGCUUAUAGAUCUGAAUUUUACUGUUGUACUGAAAUAGACCAAAAGCCUUAGGUCUAAUCUUUUUCUUUCUUUUUUUUUUGUUUUGUUUUGGUAAUUACUUUCAUGGCUCUAGAAAGGAGAUGGCACAGCUAGAUAAGCCUUCUUUGCUUCAUGGUAAACUAGCUAGUGGGUGUUUUGUUUUGUGAAAAUUGGCAAAGUUAAAAAAAAGAUAAGACAUUAUUUUGGUAUGCAGAAAUGUGUAGACAUUCCAUAAAAAUUGAUGUUUUUUUUUUUUUUCAUUUUAUUUCUUUUUUUUAUUUCUUAUCUCUUUAGACCAGUAAGUAAUGUGCUGAAUAAUGCUUGGAUGUAGUUAUCAAAAUACCUAAACUAUUGUAGGUGAUGUGCUAAAAGGUCACAGGGAACCAUGACUUCAGAAGGAUAUGUUUUUAUUUUUUAAAGGAAUGUAAGCCAUGUAAUAAUGAAAGAAGAAAAGUAA